AUGUCUUCUUCCAACACACCCCUCCCAGUUUACCACUACCUGGACAUUGGCCGACUCGGUCGUGGAGAAGUUCUCUUUUUGUUCCUUAAAGACGCUGGCAUUGAGGUCAAGGAUGUCCGUUACGCCUGGGACGAUACUUGGCCAAAGACCAGCGAGAAGCUUGUUCAGCAAGGUUUGACCCGGACCGGCAAGCUUCCAGUGCUCGAAUACAAUGGGCUGAAGCUGAGCCAGCACGUCCCUAUUCUCCGUUACCUCGCCAGGGAGCUGGGCAGCUACGACGGAGUGACCUCUGUUGAGAAGUACACUGUCGAUUCUGUCGCUGACUUAUACGUUGACUGGAGGUAUGAGUGGGUUGCCUGCCUCCCUAAGCCAUCCGAUGACUACAAGGCCAGUCGCCCCAAGUACGUCGAUCUCAUCGCACAGUACUAUUCCGACACUAAGGGCCCGUACCUGCUUGGAGACAAGAUUACCUAUGUCGACUUUGCUAUUUAUCAGUCUAUUGACAACGAUAAGCGCGUUGGAGCUUUUGCGAACCUUCCCCAGUCUCUUCUCAACUUGGUGGAGGCUAUCGAAGCCAGGCCUAACAUUGCUGCCUACCUUAAGGAGAAUAAGGCGGCUUAA